AUUUUGAGAGAGUUUCGCGCUGCCAAUGUCUCUGUUUCUGAUGCACCGUUCUAAGCUCGCUCACCUCAUACAAAAGAAAUGCUUUUCUUCAUCCGUGACAGGACCGUUUCUGAGGAUUGGCCAAAGGAUGAAGGAUGAUGGUAGUAUAGGAGAGGACGUUUUCUUGAAUGCGGCCAAGGAAGAGUUAUUCCAUCUCCCCAAAAAGCCACUUCCCCAGAAGCUUGCUAACUCAAGAAUCAUCGGAGCUUCAAAAGGAUGGGGCUUUUACAUUGAUUUGUGUGACGGUGCCUUAUCUAUAUCUGACGUUUUGAACCCGCUUGCUUCAAAGUCCCUUCUAGCAGCUCUUGGAUCCAUUCAAUUUGUAUCCAACAUAGCAUUUGCUUAUGUUGUAUUGAACAAAAUGGUGACUGUCAAAGUACUCGUUGCUACAGCCUUUAUAGUUCUUGGAAACGUUUUCCUUGUCGCUUUUGUUUUCACACCCGAACAGUUGGCAGAGAAAUAUAGCAAUGUAACAUUCUUGGUCUACUGUGGGAUUUUGAUUUUAAUAGUAGUCGUGCAUCAUUUCCUCUAUAGGUGCUAUAGGAUCAUGUUCGGUUUUAUUUACCAAGUCACUCUCAAACUUGCUGAGAUUGGCCAUGUCUAGUAGCUAUCAAUUGCACAGCUGGUUCACAUACUCUAUGCUUCUUUUAUUUCUUAGUACAGCCGGAUUCUGAAUGACAAGAUUGAAUGAAGGAUUGUCUCUAUA